CGCGUAAUCCGGUGUGUCGGAAUUUGGCGGCGGAUGGCAGCAAGUCUAGAUUUUUUUUUCUGGCCAGUCAGUCAAUGUUGUUCCUCAGGACGUGUAAAGUUGAGCAACAAAAUGUGUUGAAAAAAAAAUCAAAAACGCCGACGAGGUGGCAGUGCCUGUGAGGAAAGCGCUUCCUGGUUGCAAACCUAUGACGUCAGCGUGUAAGUGGCUCAUCCUCGGUUGGUACUCGAGGGGAUUCCGCCGACCCCGCUGCGCACUGCGCGCAACCACCGAACGGUAAUCCCACCCCAACCCAUCCUCGUGCGACACGACCGCUCACCAACGCCACCAUGGAGGACAUCCUGCGGAGACUUCACAAAGACUCAGCCGGACACAAGCACAAAAGCCUGCGCGACGCCUGCGUGCUCGCCUGCGAAAGUCUGGAGUCCCACAACUCAUCAGCCAAGCUGUCGCCGGCGGAGUUGCGGGUGCGCUGUCUUCUUCCUCUCCAGAUUGCACUGGAGUCCAAAAACGACAAGCUGGGUCAGACGGCGCUCAGCGGCAUGCAGAAGCUCCUGUGCGAGGACCGCUUUGUGGACGGAAACGACGUGAAGGCGGAGCCCGUGAAGAAUCAGCUGGUGAGUCAGAUGUUGGCGGCGGUGCGAGUGACGCCAGAGCUGCACGAGGACCUGCAGGUGGAGGUCAUGAAGGUUCUUCUCUGCGUCACCUACUCACCAAACUUUGACAUCAGCGCAGACUCCAUCCUACGUGUCGCUCAGGUGUGCAUGGAGACGUACGCACGCAACUGUCAUCAGCGGAGCAUCAACACGGCGGUCCGAGCCACCCUCAGUCAGAUUCUGGGAGAUUUUACACUGCAGCUGCGACACCGACAGGAGGGUGCAGCUGGCGAGGAGCUGACUACCCCGCCUCUGCAGACAAGGGACGUGUCUCCCACUAGCCGGGUGCUUUGCGACGACGUGGUGAUGGUCUUGAUGCUCUUCUGUGACAAGCUGGAGUCGGUCGACUGUGACGAGCAGCUGCUGCAGCUGCUUUACCUGGAAAGCAUCUUGUCCAUGCUCAGCUCCUGCCCUCCCACGAUGCACUUGUCUGGACGCUUCAUUGAACUCGUCUGGAAGCAGCUGUGUCCGUCACUGGUGGCUAUCAUGGGAAAUCCGGUCACUGACAAAACUAUCGCUUCCCACCGUGGCCAAAUGGGGGCGCCAGAGACAGAGUGGCCCCAUCCGGGCGCUGGCCAGGAGACGGAGUCUGCCGUGGGAGCCGUGUCUGACCGGGGUCGAGGCUCGGGUCGCUCAGCCGGCGCCCCCGCCAGGAUGGCGCCGGUGGUGCGGACCGUGUGCUAUGUGGCGGCCGAGCUGGUCCGCCUGGUGAGCUGCGUGGAGUCCAUGAAGCCUGUGCUGCAGUCGCUUUACCACCGGAUCCUGCUCUACCCGCCGCCGCAGCACCGCACCGAGGCCUUGCGUGUCACCAAGGAGAUCGUGGGAAGUCCUCAGCGGCUGUUCGACCUGGCCGGGCCGAGCCUCACCGACCCCGAAGGCGGGAAGCGAUCCUUCUCCAAAAGGAAGUCGCACCUGGACUUGCUGCGACUCAUGAUGGACGGCAUGAAGGAGGCGUGCCUGAAGGGCGGCACGGAGGCGUGUUACUGGAGCGUCUUGUGCGUGUGCGCUCUGCUGCGAGCACUGGAGGAGCUGUCACAGGGGCGGGGCCUCACACCAGAGCAGGUUCGUCUGGCACUUCGUCGCCUUGAUGAGCAGAAGGAUGGCACGGAGUUGUCUCGCGCGUCCACGGAGGGGAAUGAGGCCGACGUUCUGUGGCAGAGGUGGAUUCUGUCCUCCGAGGGGCCACCAUGGGACGCCACGCUGGAGCGCAGCCCCGACGUUAGCAUUAGCAUCACCACAGACGCAGGCCAAACUGCGUUGGACUCUGAGGAGGAGGCAAGGCCGUCUCAGGAGGCCUGCGUGGUUCCGCCCGAUGUGGUCCUACGAAGCCACGCCCUCGUGUACCCCGACAUCACCAACUUCCUGUCGGUGGACUCCAGAACUGCGUCGUGCUACAGCGAGAGCAACUUCAGCAUGGAGGAGCAGGACUCGUCGAGGACGGAGUUGGACUCGUGCGACCAGUUCUCCACGGCGGCUGAGAAGGACUCGGGCCGUUCGGACGCGUCGGACGUGGGCUCCGACAACGCAUCGCUGGCCGACGAGGGCGAGUCCGGUCCGUCGGAAGCGCCAGCUCGGCUCUCGCUCAAGCCGCCGUGCCACCGGGAAGCGGACCGGCAUGGUGCCCGCCUCUUUGUGCGCUCGCUGGCUGCGCUGCUGCCCAGACUUCUCAACGUCAAUGCCGCCCCCAGAGUCGACGGACUCUUGCAGGACUUUGCAUGCACCUUCUGCUCCGGACUGCGGGCCGAUGGGAUCCCCUCGCCGGGCGUGGAGGUGGGGUUGACUCUGAGCUGUCAAUCGCUGAUGAACGCCGACGGCAUCUACCUGCUAUCCUUCUACGCGCUGCUGCUCAACCUCAAGCUGCGCAACUGCAACUUCUACCAGCGAAGGGCGCUGCCCACUGCGCUGGGCCCGGUGAGGGCCGCCGUGCAUGCCACCCUCAUUUGUCUUGAUUGUUCACUAUCUGUUUGGACCUGGCAGAAGGAGUUUGUGCGUGCCAUCCAGAGCAGCGGCGUGCUGGUGCUCUUGACCCAGGCGUGGCUGGAGGAGGUCCACCGUCAACUUCUGGAACGAGACCUGCUGGCUCAGGUCAGGUCCUGGCCGGUGCCUGAUGAGAGAAUGCCGCCUCUCCUAACCAUGCUGAUUGACAUCGACGGUUUGGGCAGCAGUGCGGUUGGCGGUCAGCUGAUCGGGAGGUUCAGCCAAUCUGCACCCUCGUGUAACAGAGCAGGCAGCGACGCCAUGACGGCGGGCGCCGCGUUGUCGCGCUUCCUGCUGACAGGCGUGUGGAGCCAGCUUAUGGAGAUCUUGUCGGCACCGCUGACGGGCCGCGUGGCCGGCAGCUCUAAGACGCCGCCGGUCUUCGCCAGGGAGCAGAGCCGGCCACAGCGCGACACCGUCUGUCUCAGUCUGGAUGGACUUCGGCAGGCCGCCGCGCUCAGCUGCGCCCUCGGUGUGGCCACCAACUGCGCGGCGGCCUCGGCCCAAAUAGCCGCCGCCUCCUGCGCGCUGGAGGAGUGCGAUGAGAGGGAGGGGCCUGAGGCGAGGGAUGCCCUCACGCAAGUGAAGCAGUGUCUGGAGCAGAUGGCGCGGCCGGCGGCCGGCGGCCUGCAUGCGGCGCACGUGCUGUGCAUGGACGCCAUCUUGAACGUGGGCUUGGAGAUGGGUAGUCACAACAGCGACUGCUGGACACAUGUCUUCAGGGUGACAGAGUACAUCAGUUCUCUGGAGCAUGCUCUCUUUAGCGUCACCUCUCAGGCGCCACCACCGCCCACCCUCCCCCAGCGGUGUCAGCAGGGUGUGCCCGCCAAUCGGGCGCAAGGCAACGCCUUCCCGCCCUGCCCAACUCUGCCCCUCAGUUUUCCACCGACCGUCCGGGAGCUUCUGGUCCAGGGCGAAGGAGGGGAGCGCGGACCGGACGUCAAAGAGGGAAGCCCGCUGACCGGGCCUGGCACCGCCAAGUUUGUGUGCGCGCUGUCCACGCAGGCCGACAGGUUGUUUGAAGAUGCGUCGGGUAAACUGAACCUGCUGUCUCUGCUGGGCUUCCUGCAGCAACUGAGGAAAGCGUCCCGGUGUCAGCUCUUCCACUCCAUCUCUGACACUGGGGACUAUUCGCUCGCCAUGCCAGGAGAGCACAGGUCGGCGCACAAGUCCAGCUCCCUGCACCUUUUCCGUCUGGGGGAGGCCAUGCUGAGAAUCGUCAGGGACCACGACAGGCCGCUGCUGCACAAGAUGAGAGCCUGGAGCGUGGUGGCGCCGCACCUGGUAGAGGCGGCGUGCCACAAAGAACGUCACGUGUCCCAGAAGGCGGUUUCCUUCAUCCAUGACGUCCUGACCGAGGUUCUGAGGGGCUGGAGCGAGCCGUCUCACUUCCGCUUCAACGAGGCACUCUUCCGACCGUUUGAGCACAUCAUGCAACUGGAACUGUGCGACGACGACGUCCAGGACCAGGUGGUAACAUCCAUUGGCGAGCUGGUGGAGAUGUGUUCUCCUCGCAUCCUGUCCGGCUGGCGUCCGCUGUUCAGUGCCCUCAGGACUGCCCGCGGCGCCAAGAUGGAGGCCAAAGACGAGCUGCCAGGAGAAUAUGCUGUUGGAGAGCGCCAGGCGCCCGUCUUCGACGUCUUUGAGGCCUUCAUCGGCACGGACAGCGUCCAGGUGUUUGCCAAUGCCGCCGCCGACUGCAUCUUGUGCCUCAUGAAGUUCGUCAAAGGUUUAGGCGAUGUCGACAACGAGGAGAUGGGUGAGCGUACGCUGCCGCCGUCGUCCCGCAGCUCCCUGGACCUGUGCCUGCCAGCGCUAGCCUACCUGCGUCGAUGUUCUCAGCUGCUGGCCAGCAUCUACAAGAUGCCAUCAAAGCCCGUCUUCCUCGGGGCGCGGCCGGCCAGCCUGCCCGCCGGGACGGGUGGCCAGAUCGCACUGGAAGGCGUCCUGCGGGACUUUGAUGACGACACGGGUCUAAUCCAGGUGUGGAUUCUGCUUCUGGAGCAGUUGACGGCCGCCGUGUCCAACUGUCCUCGCAGGCACCAGCCACCUACCCUGGAGACACUCUUCCUGCUGCUGCGAGAGGUUGCCGUUGUGCCAGGUCCGGGCUUCGCCAUCUGGGCUGUGGUGCAGCUGCUGCUGCCUGCCAUGUCGCUGUGGCUGCAGCGUAGCCGCGGUGAGCCCGCCUUCUGGGACACGGCCGCCGCCAACUUCAGACACGCCAUCGGCCUCUGCUGCGAGCUGGUGGUGGAGCACGUCGGCACCUUCAUCGACGCAGACCUAGGUUGUGAGUUUUGGAUCAACCUGAUGCUGAAGGAGCUCUUCGGGCUGUUGGUGUCAUGCGUGUCGCAACCGGCUGAGACCGUCUCUAGAGUGGGCUGCUCCUGCAUCAGGUACGUGCUGGUGACAGUGGGUCCGCUCUUCACUGAGGAAAUGUGGAGGUUGGCCUGCUGUGCCCUGCGGGACGCCUUCUCUGCUACCUUACGGCCUGUCAAGAAGCUAGCGUCAUCUUUCCGCAGCGGCUCAGAUAGUCUCUGCGGCGACGCCUGUGAAGUGAAGGUGGCCGCUCCCUCACCAUCCCCGUCGGCGGAGGCCGAGUGCCAGAGGAUCAGAGCCACGGCACAGCAGGUGUUCAUGUCCGACAGCCAGUGCCUGCCAAAGACCCCCAACAACAAGGACGGUUUUGAGCACGUCCAGUCUUGCGUUUUCAUCAUUGAGCCACCGUUUGACCGUCACGCUGACGGACACGCUCAUAACAGGAAAGUGGGCAUUCCAUUCCGUAGCGUGGUGGUGAGCCUGUUGUCACAUCAAGUUCUUCUGCAGAAUCUUUCAGACGUCUUGCUGGAGGAGUUCGUCGAGCAGCCCGCUGGCCAGGAGAAGGCGACGCCUGUCACGCCUGAACCCACCCCGCGUGCGACGGGCUUCCUGCGCUACGUGUCCACGGCCAACCUUUCCAUCAUCCUCGACCUGCUGCUUGACUCCUACAGGACGGCGCGCGACUUUGACAGGCGUCCGGGUCUCAAGUAUCUGUUGAUGAAAGUGUCAGGCGUGGGCGGCGCGGCCAAUCUCCACCGCCAGGCGGCCAUGAGCUUCAAGCUUUACAUGCAGGCGCUAUUGGCGGCCAUCUCCACUCAGGCUGACGGCAUGACGGCUCAGCAGGUCAAGAUGAUUCUUGACGAGGACGGAAGCUCGGACUCCUCGCGUCCCGGCUCGGCAUCCUCGGAGGACGAGGACAUCUUUGAAGAGACGGCGCAGGUGAGCCCCCCAUGGGGGCGCGACCAGCGGCAUCAGCGGCAACCCACCAUGUCAUCCCUGAGUGCGGCAGCGGGCAGUGUGUCGGAGUGGGCGUGGCUGGUGAAGCGUCUUCACAAGCUGAGCGCCGACGUCUGCGCCAGUUACAUCCAGAUGCAUCAAGACCUGGAGGAAGAGGAAGUCUUCGCCACCGCGCCAACCUUGCCCUCUCCCUCGCGAGGCGGGGACGGCCACGCCUUCUUCCUGCCACUCUUGCCAUUCGAGUCACCCGUGCCCCCGGAGGAAGGUGGAGUCACGAGUGGUACCGGCGUGCCUCCAUCGUCGAGAGAUACGCCCGCGCACAGUCCCGCAUUCAGCUGCGCAGGAAGCGUCCCCGCCAGAAGCCUGGCAAAGCUGGUGAGCCAAUACAAAUGCAGGAAGGAGCAGCAGCAGCGCGACAGGCGGUGGAGGCGGGUCCAUGGGCAGGAGCAGCAGCUGCCAGCGGCCCCUCCCCUCAGACAUUCGCACAGCGCCAGAGUCCUUGGGUCCAGAUCGGGUUCAGCUGUCAGCGCUCACGGACACGUUGCUGCCGGUGAUGCGCAAGCGCAGAUACAGGCGUGGAGCAGCAUGGUGGCGACAGCACUGCACCAGGUCCUGCAGCUUUCUGACGUGGCCUUUGUGGCGCUUCAGCCGGCGCUUUACCCGAGCGUGUGCCGGCUGGCGUGUCACGUCAGUGACGGCGCCGUGCGGCAAGCCCUGUGCCACUGGCUGGAACGUGUGGGAAGACUCUAUGGCAUUAUCGCCUGACGUCCAUUUGACGCCACGUCCUCUUGGCGUGGCGGCGCAAUCCUUCGCUUGUCGUGGCUAAUUCCCUGCUAGCUUCCUGCCACUGCGGUGCCCGUCCUGCCUGCAAGGAGCAAGAGUGAGCCGACGGUGAAGCUGUCAAGAUGAUCAUGCAGACCACAGUUUUGUCUUGCGUGGUGCUUUUGUUGCCUCCUGGUCAAUAUUGUUUGUUAGCCAGCACGUCCCGUAUUGAUGUCUCUUUAUGGAUUUGCGUCAAUUCUUCGUUGUGCCUUCUGCACUGUCCUCAAAUACAAGUUGCUGUUUGGUCCAUUGAAUAAGUAUUUUUUUCCCUAA